AUUGGUGUUUUGAAAAUGAUUUUUUUUCUGAAAAUCCAAAUCAUUUUUAAUGCAUAGUACAAUAUUACUAUUUAAAUAUAGUAUAGUAAUAUUUUUAAUACUUAGUAUAAUAUUUUUUCAAAUAUUAUUUUAUUUAAAUAUUUCUGUUUCACAAUUGAUUUUUGUUUUUAACUUUCGGAUAUCUUGAAUUUUUCGGGUUCAGUUCAAAUUAGUUAUAUACCUAAAAUUUUGAAUUUUCAAAUUCAAUUGUUUUUAAAAUAGUGAUUCUUCCAAAAAUAAUAAUAUCUCAAAAUUCAAAUUUUAGAGAAGUUGGAAUUAGGUAAAAAUUCAAUCGAAAUACAAAUCUCACCCGAAAUCAUCUCCCACUCCUCUCCGGUUACCUCCCCUGCAGUGACACCAGUGGCUCCUACAAUCGCUUAUCAUCACAAAAUAAUCACAGUAGAGAACCCACUCGAGUCUUACUCAGGUAACUGAUUGGAACCUCUUUGAUUGUUGCAGUGGACGCCGUCUCUAUACCGCCGCAUCGGUUUCUCCGCCUAUUACUUCUCAUGGAGACUUCCGGUGGUUGUUAUUCUUCGAAUCAGCAGUUUUCAGCCUCCUUUGCCGGUUCGCGGCGAGAUGUUACUUACAGCUGUGGUUCCUGUGGCUAUGAUUUAAACCUGAACUCAUCUAGUCGGAAUACAUCUACCAUUGGUUCCAAAUAUGGUAAAUCUAUCAAGAAAGGGAUCAUAUCAUUUUUCUCAAUUGAUGAGAGUCGAUUCAAUCAGGCCGAAGAAUUUAGUUGUGUGCCCUACUUCAUCUUCAAGCACUCUUGUGGUAUUUUCAGUCGGAAAACAAAACUCCUAUGCCGGAAAUGUGGGAACCUUAUUGGAAUUGCUUCUGACCUGAACAAUGAUUCUCCUAUCCACCUCAUAACAGACGGGUCAGAUUCACCCUCUAGCAGUGAAUUCACAAGUAAGAGAAAGUACGACAUCAGAAUUCGUUCCUUGCAACCUAGUUCAGCUGGUUUUGGUACUCCUCUUGUCUCAUGAUGGUCAUCAGUUGAACCAGUACCGUGUAUGCAUCGAACCUAUUGCUUAACACCGAAGAAGUCAUAUUGGCACCCAUGUUUCAAUGCGUAAGUAAGAAGCAUGAGGUAAGCUGCUUGUACAGAAUUUGAAUUUUUCCGAAUUUUUAUCUCUGCUUGCCCACUUAAUCAUUGUUAGCAAAUUCAUACAUGGUCGAGCUGAAUGAAUGAUAGCCGAUGUGUACAAAAAUAUGAAACCUGCAUCAAAUCUGGGCAUUAUGUAAGAGUCCAGUGAUUUGUUCAUUGUUUGGUGAUUCAGUUUUUGUUGAGUGUC